AUGGGAUGGGUUUGGCUAUCAAUAUUCAUAAAUCUGUGCCUAGCAGUAUUCGUACCAUGGGCCGAUGAUGAUCCAUUUGUCGGAUUGGAAGCUCCCCAAGACCAGAAGACGAUUCUGCCGCCGCUUGUGCCUCCAAAUAAAUUAGACGAUUCUAAUAGGAGUUUGAAGAAGAAUGGUCAAAUACCGGAUUAUAUUAUUGAUAACUGUCCACUAGUACACCUUUAUAGUGAGGAAAGGUACUGGCCAUCAGACAUUGCUGAAUAUGUUACCCAUUUUGACAUCAAAGAUGCUCAAGGUAAUAAUGUCACUGACCCCCUUGAAACGUUAAAAUUAUCCAGCUUACAACUAAACUACUAUUACAAACUUUUUAAUGGCACUUACAAUAAUAUUUCAAGUCGUGAUACAUUUCUAACGAGUAGAGACGAUUUCGACAAAGAUCCUAAAUGGUUAUUGGGUUCAAGACCAGAAUACGGUACUGGUCACAUCAAAAAUGGACCUGCAGUGCUUAUGGUUGUGGAUAAGGGUAAUGGUUGGGUAGAUGCAUUUUGGUUUUAUUUCUAUCCUUUCAACUUAGGACCAUUUAUAAUGGGGUAUGGUCCCUGGGGGAAUCAUGUUGGAGACUGGGAGCAUUCUCUAGUCAGAUUCUAUAGAGGUGAACCCAGAUACAUUUGGAUGAGUGCCCAUGGUGGUGGUAGUGCAUACAGAUUCGAAGCUGUGGAAAAAGUCAAAAAGCUACGUCGUAGAAACGGUAAAUUAACUCCUGAGAUCGUUCAUAGACCGCUAAUCUUUAGUGCUAGUGGUACGCAUGCGAACUACGCAUCUGUGGGCCAACAUGCUCAUGAUGUUCCAUUUUUCUUUAUGCCACUAAGUGAUUUCACCGAUAGGGGACCUAUGUGGGACCCCUCAAUGAAUUAUUAUGCAUACGUCUUUGAUGGUGAAAAAAUUAUACCCAGUAGUGAUCGUGAAGAAUCUAUAGGAGUAAAUUGGCUUCAUUUCAGAGGACAUUGGGGUGACAAACAGUUGCCAUGGGGAGAUUCCAGACAAAGGUGGUGUCCAGUACAAUGGAGAUACAUCGAUGGACCAACAGGGCCUCUAGAUAAAAACCUACCCCGGAUGUCGUUAUGUCCCCGAUUUGUCUGGUGGAAUUUUUGGAAAGGUUGUCCGGCUAGAAGGCUAAUUAAGAAGGGCGAAGGUUUAGACGCUGAAAAGAAUGAUUUAAUUGGUGAUAAUUGUGGAAUUUUGCUUUAUAAAGUAAAACCAAGAUGGUUACGUUCCAUUUUAAGAAUAUUAACGUGGAGAGGAGUUUUGUGCUUUGUAAUGGAUUAUUUUACAGGUUAG